AUGCGUAGUUUAAAGUGGACUCCAGGGUUUAAGUAUGAAGAAGAUCCACCAAUUCUACCAAUCUGGGUCUCUUUGUAUGAUCUCCCGGUUGAGUAUCUUAACCCGGAGGUUAUAUUUUCCAUGGCGACUGCUAUCGGGAAGCUGCUCAAGGUUGAUGCACCAACCUUGAACAUUACAAGGCCCUCUGUAGCGAGAUUUUGUGUAGAAACGGACUUGACGAAGGAAUUUCCAAAGCUGUUUCGAAUUGGAAAGAAGGGGAGGAAGCAUGAGAAAUAUUUUACUAAUGAGCAUAUUCCCUCGUAUUGCUCUAAGUGUAGCAAAAUUGGUCACAAAUCGGAAGAUUGUAGAAAAGGUCUGGCUCCGCAGACAUUCCCUGUGGUUAAGGCCAAUGAUCCCGUGAAGGGAUCUGAAACAGGGGGGAAGGGAAAAGACUUAGUUAUAAAGCCACAAAAAGUCAAAUGGAAGCCUCUGGAAGGCGUUAAGAUUAAGGAGCGGGCAGAUAACAUCGUCUCCAUCUCAGGCCCAACUACAACUGAGAAGUCAUUGAUACCCUUUGAUGUGCAGAAGGAGGCCGCAACGGAGAAGGAUAUUCCGGCUGCUACUGUUAGCGAGGGAACUUUCACGACUGAUCUUGACAAAAGCUCUACUGCCCAGCAACCAAAACAGCGUGCUGUCACGAUUGAAACUGAUGCGGCAAUGCAAUCAAAUAGGUUUUCUGUCUUGGAAGUUAUUGAGGAAUCUGACGAAGAAAUUGAAGAGGUUGAUUACCACCGAAAAGAGGAUACAGAUGAUAAAGCAAAUGUUGGAACUGGCCGGUGGUCAGAGGGGGAAAUAGCUGAUGCUCUGGAUCAUACUGCCAUUGAGGAGUUUAGUGACUGUAUUGCUAAUUAUGUUUUUGAGAAUAUACGAAAAGAGGAGCUUAAUGUUCAAGGCCUUGAAAAUGUUUAUGAUGGGAAUCCGUCAGAUGAUAAUCAGAUUAAGCUCAAUGAGGCAAAGAACAAUAAUAUAUUGCUGACACAGGAUGUAUGUCAAUUUUUGAAUAAGAAGAUCUUAGAUAUGCCAAAGGGUUCUUUCUCCUUACUUGAUCGGAAGAAUUUGAAUUGGAAGAAUAAGCUGUUAAGCCCUGCUGAUGGUUCUUCUAGAGAUCAAAGCACGGGAUAUGGAUUUGUAAUUCGAGGGGGUGGGAAAUUCCUUAGGCGCAUCGCCAAAAUCAAGGACAACGCAUCGUUGCAAGUGUCCCAUUUGGAAGGUACAUGGGAUAAUACAAAAGUGGACAAGGAUGAAUUUCAACUUACCAUGUGGCGGCCUGAAACCCAUACCUUUCAUUUUCAUUUUCAUUUUGGUGAGGCCACUAUCACUCUAGAAGACGUUGAGGUGUUAUUAGGUUUGAAAGUGGAUGGUGGAAAUGCCAAAAAUCCAAAGCGAACAUCGCCGCUCAUUGUGUUGCUGGCAUCAGGGAUAGACUCUUCAAAUCUCAGCGACGUAUAUCAUCUCGCUGAUGCAGCCUUACGGGAAAAUCCUGGCCUCGGUGGUAGUCUAGAGGAUAAACUCUUGCAAAUCUUCGACAAAAGAAGGAGGAAGCGACAGGGAAUUUCAGAUCGAAAAAUCAUAGUUCAUCCUAAUCCAACUCCGAUAAGAAGAAGAAGAAGAAGAAGAAGAAGAAGAAGAUUCCCCUCCAGCUCGUGUUUCUUCCCAAAAGAAAAAGAAAACGGUCGAGGAGUUAUUUGGAUGUUCUUUAUGAUUUUAAACUCUUUAAUGUUUGUUACGAUGCGUUUCGAAUGUGUUUAUAGGUCAAACCUCCGCCUCCGCCUCUUCUCUCCACCAUCGUCGAUUUUUGAAUCGACCUUUGCUGCGAUCCAAGCGGACCUCCGCUCCAACGAUGCCCUCCGACAAUCCAGCGCUCUUCUCCAAGCCCUCCAGCAAUCCGCCACCGGAAGGGACAUCUCCGUCCUCGCCAAAUUAGCGGUCGAGGAGAUCGUCGCCUCCCCUGCCUCCGCCAUCUCUGUUGCUAUUUCGUUAUUGUUUUAG